CAAAUGUUUAGAAUUAAAUUACAGUACCUGUUAAAAUUUUCAGCUCAAGACCUAUAAAAUAUUUGCUAACAGACGAGUCAAAUUUCUCAUAAAAAUUAUUACAAAAGAUCUACUAACUCUUACCAAUUAUAUUUUUGGUUUCCAGUGUAUUUUUACAUUCAGAAGGAUACAAUAACUUUGUCUCUUUUUUCAAUGCAAUAAUGAAAAUCUUCAUUUUUAAAAAUUGCAAUUGAAUUUAUCUCAAAUAAUACACUUUUAAUACCUGUACAAAAAUACACACUUACGUACAAUUCUAUACACUUUUGUAUAUUUAUAUACAUUUUUUUUCUAUACUAGAAAUACUGCACGAUUUUCACAUUUCGCAAUAAACCAUAAUAUUCAUAUGAGUGUCCAAAUAAAAAUUUAAAAUAUGUCAUCUGAGAUCAAUUUAACUUUAAAUUUCAUUUCACUAUCUAUUUUAUGUAUAUUUAUGUAUAUGAGUUUUCGAAUAAAAGCAACAACAAAAUUUGAAAAGCAAGUAUCAUGUUCAAAACUUCUUGUAACUAUUAAAAGUGAAAAUACUUAUUAAUGCAUUAAGCAAAGAGACAAUGUUAUUAUAACUUUCUGCAUAUAAAAAUACACUAGAAUUUAGAAAUACAACUAGCUAGAAAUAGUAGAUCCUCUAAAAAAAUGCUAACAAGAAAUUUGACACGACAAAUCCAAAAUUUAUCAUAGGCCUCGAUCUGAAUAUUCCAACGAAGACAAUUAAGUAAAAACUGUUACGGUAACUUAUAUUUGACUAAUUUUACAAAUAUCUAUGUAAAAAUUCAACCAUAUAACUUUAAUAUAACGCAAAUAAAAUAAUAACAAAUGAUCAUCAUCUUCACAUAGCUUCCAUUUACUUAUUUAUUCUAUCUUAAGUUAUCAACAUUACUUUUUAAGAGAUAAAAUAAUUUUUUACACUUUAUUGUGCUGCACACUGACAGUUUAAUACACCUAUUAAAGUAAUUCAAAUUCAUGCAUAUUCUCAGAUUAUAAAUUUUUCUACUCCACUAAUCCUAUGAAUAUUAAUUGACUUUUGAUAAUAAUAUUCUAAUUCUUUUAAAAAAACAGUAACAUUCUUAUCAAUAAAAAUUAAUAAUUCAAUAAUUAUUUAUACUUCAAAAAUACACCAAUUGCCAUAGUUAUAAGGCAAAAAAUCGCUAUUCUCUUUUAUAAUUAAAUCAAAUUAAUGUCGAAUAUUACCAAACUUUGAUAAAAUAUGUAUAUCUGAUUACAAAAAUAAUAAAGUAGUUGCUCUCAUUUAAUUAAAUCAUAUAAUUCACAUCGAAUAUAAUAAUAUUAUCAAACUUUGAUAUUAUAUGUACAAUACAAUUUGAAAUCAAAAAUAAAAAAUCUGUUACUCUCUUUUAUGAAUCAAAUCAAAUAUCGAAUAUUACCAAAUUUUAAUACUAUAAACAAACAAACCAAUUAAAAAAUAUAUCUUUUUCAUUAAAAUACUAGCAAAAAAUACCAAUUACUUUUAAUUCAGGGGCAUUUUUCUAGAAUAAACAUAUUUUUUUAACUCACAAUUAAAAUUUUUAUCACGAUAUACUUGAAAAAAAUUCUCAGGUUCCCUUGAAUUAACUAAAAUACCAAAUGACUCUCAAUAAAUAGAUUAAAAAUAAAAUUUACUACAUCCCGAGGCUGGGGCUAAGGUGGUGGCUGCGGCUGGGGCUGAGGUGGUGGCUGCCCGGCUGAAAAUAAUCAUAUGAGAGCUCAUAUGAGCGAUCAUAUGAGAUUUUCGACCGGAUUCUCACAUGACCUCUCAUAUGAGCUCUCAUAUGAUAUAUCGCGAUUUUUCAUAAACAUAAAUAACCACAUUACUUACUUUACCGCGCAUUCUGACUUUUAUUAGAUUCUUUUUUAUUACCACAGCUUUGUAAGAUACUUCUAGAAUUUAAUUUUAAAUAAAUAUUAUAUUGAAAAAAACUUAGACUCGAGGAGAGUUAAACCCGGAACCUUAAGAUUACGAAGCAAGCGUCCUAACCGCUCAGCCAUCAUCAUCUUUGAUAUCUUUAGAUUCUAAUCGUCAUUAUGAUUUACACGUCCUUGUAUGUUUUUCUUAUUAUUAUACUCUAUUAUAAUUACAAUUAGUUUAUUUUAUAAUGAAAUAAACAAAAUUUUAUUCGAGUAAUAAUAAAUAAAACACGCAAGGAUAUAUAUGUACACAUACGUGUGUAUAUAUACGUAACUAUUCUUUUGAGGAUUUAUUUCGGCACCUAUCCAGUAUUUUAAGGAUUAUAUCGACUUUUAAGAAUCAAUCAUCAAAAGACGAAAGUACACUUCCUGUCUUUUGAGGGUUUUUCUGGAGUCUAUUUACUCAGAGUCUGCGUCGAAGUGUGUAUGAUUGAUUCAGCACAACUCUGAAUAAAGAGACUAAAAAUCCUCAACCAUAUAAUGUAUGUAUAUAUGUAUAAAGACAACUUCCGAUUAUCGAUCAAGUUAUAAUGACAGUAGUCGCGACUUGUCGUACAUCAAGCAUCGACCUAAAAGAAUAAGUCUAAUACAUCAACUAUGUAGCUAAUACAGCAACUUUUUUCUAGUUUAUAUAAAAAUAUGGGUGGCCGGCGUUGUGAUUAUUUCAAUUAUUUCAAUACUGCAUUAAGACGACGCACUGAAAGAGUAUUAGAUCAAGAUCAUCAGCAAGUUAGUAUAUAAUUGUUAUUGUUUUAUAUAUAUUUUAGUCGAUAUUUCAUAUAUAUUACAAAUAAUAUGUGUAAUAUAUAUGACAAUUAUAUUAAAAAAAAACGUGGUGCAUGGAAUUUGCGCUACGAUCGACUCGAGUCAUAUAUUUUAAAAUUGUAUAUUUUAAUAUAGUAUUAUAUGUCUAUAAACAAUUUUUUUCAUAUAUUCUUUCCGCAUAAUAAAUUGCAGGCUGAUCUAAGAGGUGGAAAUAAUGACGAUAAUAUGCAGGUCGUUGAUAAUGAGGAGCAUUACUUAGAAAUAAAUCCGAAUGAUUCUGCAAAUAAUGUUGAAGAGGCUUCUGAUCAUGAUGACCGUAACAACGAUGGGAUUAAUCGUAAUCAAAGAAAUGUAGACGAUGAUGAGCAGUUAAAUGUAGCUAAUAAGAUAUUACAUGAAAUUGAGAGAAAUGAAACGAAUGCUAAUGUAUUUCAUAAUGACAUAGAAGAUGAUGCGAACGAAGUUGAUGAAUCUGGAGAGUUAAGCUAUGCAGAACAAGUCGAUGUUCGUUUAGAAGUACUUGUUAAUCAUGAAGCUGCAAUUCAAAGAGAUGAGGCAAUAAGAGAACAUAUCUAUCCAGGAAUUAAUCUUACAAAAGAUGAAAGUGAUUUACUAAUAAUGAGUUUCGCUAUUCGGCACAAUUUGUCAUAUACAGCAUUGCAAGAUCUAUUAGAAUUAAUUAAUUGCCAUGUUCCGGUAAAAUUAAAUUCAUCUAAAUAUACGUUUUUGAAAUCUUUUCCUGCUUCUACAGACUUUCGAACAUAUUACUAUUGUUCAGAUUGUACCAUUAUGUUGAAUUUUAGACCAGGAUUUUCCUACACAAGAUGUACAUCGUGCCAUAAAGUGUACCUCCAAAAUUGAUUAAAAAGAAAUGGGCAUUUUUUUUACAUAUUCCUUUAAAGCGCAAUUAAAAAGCUUAUUCUCGAGUCCACUUUUUUACGAACUUAAUCGAAAUAAUUCAGACAAUGAAAACUUGUCCGAUGUUACAAGCGGUGCGAUUUACAAAUGCUUAAAGGAAAAUAACAUUAUUUCAAAUUCUGAUAUGUCUCUGCAAUGGAAUGCUGACAUUCAAUGGAGUACAGACAUUCAAGUCAUCGAAGGUAUCAUGUAUGUGUCCAAUACAAGUGUCAAUUAAUGAAUUAGGACCACGUGUUAAAAAAGAGAAUAUCCUGUUAGCUGGUUUAUGGGCUGCAACGAAAAGCCAGAUUUGAAUUUGUUUUUUAAACCAUUUGUAGAUGAGUUAAAAGAUCUUCAUGAUAAUGGUUUUGAAUGUCAACCACCUGGUUUUGAUGAGCUAGUUACAAUAAAAGUACAUACGAUGCCAGCACCAGUAGAUUCGGUUGAAAGAUGUGCCUUACAAAAUCUACAUCAAUAUAAUGGUGUAUGCGGCUGCACAUUUUGCUUUAAUCCUGGUGAACAUAUUCCUGUUGGUAGGGGUUAUGCUUGAGUGUACAGUGGAGGAGAAGGUGUAAGAAGAACACAAAAUCAGCAUAUCAGAGAUGCGAUUCAAGCUGAAGAGCAAGAGACGGUUGUUAAUGGAGUGAAGGUUGUUUCUGUGAUAAGCCUACUUCCAGUUUUUAAUAUAAUUAGAUCAUUUCCUCCAGAAUACAUGCACUCCGUUUUACUCGGUGUAGUAAAACUUUUUUUGUCCAACUGGAUAGAUCCCAAGAACUGCAAUAAAUCGUGGUAUAUCGGGACGAAAUCAAACAUAAUUAAUGAUAGACUGACUCAGAUUCUUCCACCAUGUGAAAUAACACGAACGCCUCGAUCUGUAAAUAAUCUGAAGCAAUGGAAGGCUUCUGAAUUUAAGAAUUUUUUGUUAUAUUAUUCGGUACCUGUAAAAGAUAUUCUUCCAUCUUCGUUUUAUAAACAUUGGACCGAGUUUGUCUAUGCUAUACAUGUAUUUGACAGUGACAGUAUUGGAGGUGAAGAAUAUGAACAAGCUUCAAGAGCAAUCAUACAUUUCGUCAACAAUACUGAAACUUUAUACGGCAAAGAAUUAAUGAAAUACAAUGUUCAUUUAAUGUUGCACGUCCCACAGGGAGUAAAAGACUUUGGCGCUCUGGGCAUGGUCAGCAUUCCCUUACGAAUCAUACAAUUUCAUACUAAGGAAUAUGCUGCAAAGUUCGCAAGCGAUUUUGCAACAGAUUUGUAAAUCGUACUUACGUUUCCAAACAAUCAAAUAUAUUGAUACAUUUUCACUACAAAAUUGUAGUGUCGAAGGGAGAAAAUUGUAUCUGAAUAUGAUGGAAAAAUAUAAAAGCAGAAGUGGUGUUAGAGCAACAAAUGAAAACCGUUUGAUUCUGUAUGGAAGAGGAAAAACGGUAAAUCUUUCUCUUAUUGAAAAAUUAUGCAUUCAAGCACUGCUUCAAGAAAACAUUGAGGAAUGUGAAAUAAAUUUAUAUGACAGAUUUGUAUACAAAAAUGUGCUAUAUCAUGCGAGUACGUACGACAAAAUGUGGAAAUGAACCAAUAGUAUUGUUGCGCUCACAUCAGGAAAGUUUAUAAACAUUACAGGAAUUAGUUGUAUAACAACAUUAACUGGAUUAAAAAAAUACGUCAUUAUUGGGAAAACAUUUGAUACUGUAAAUGACAUUUUGUGCUCCUAUAAUGGUAUUUCGUCUUCCAGUUUUUGUACUAGAGUCAGAGAAACUAAUAAUAUUUUGGCUUGUUUACCACAAGAUAUUUGUAGCAAAUGCAUUCUUAUACCAUGUAAUAAUAAUAAUUACAUUAUGAAACUUGUAAAUAAAAAGGAAACUGAUUAAUAUA